AUUUUACGGCCUCGAGAGAUCUGUCAAUGUGUGCAGAAAGUGGCGGGCGAGAAGAGAAGUGGUAGAGUGGCUUGACUCCUUGGUCUCAAGGCAUCGUGUGCCAUAUUCGGAUAUAUCAAAUACACCAAUGGACUCAAGGCAAGCUUUAGGAUCUCUUGAAGUAUCAAUGGCUGGGCGUCAAACAUGCUUUCCUGAUCAUAUGGUUCCAAGGAAACUGAAAGUUCAAAAUUCAGACAUUGUAUGGUCUGGUGUUGCUUGGAUCUGUGCCAAACAGCUAAAGCACUACCCAGCUUUUGACAGGAAUGGCACCACCAUAGCUGUUCAUUCAUUUGUAUUUAUUAUGGGUGAAGAAGGACAAUAUCUUGGUUACUUGGAAGAUAUUUAUGAAGACAAGAAAGGACUCAAAAAGGUGAAAGUGCGGUGGUUUCUCCAUAAUAAGGAAGUUGAAGAUUUAAUCCCUCAACUUAAUCCACAUCCAAGAGAAGUUUUCAUCACACCUCAUGUUCAGGUGAUCAGUGCUGAGUGUAUUGAUGGCCCUGCAACGGUGUUGACUCCUAAGCAUUAUGAAAAAUUUGUGUCUGCUGUUGCACCUACUUCUUCUCCUGGAAUCCACAUGUGUUUUAGGCAGUUCAGGAACAAUAAGAUCAAGCCCUUCACUCUUCCUAAAUUGUGCGGGUAUUCUAAUCAAGCAAUCCUCUCUUCCUUAGAUUGUUCUCUUGUGCCCAAGCAAAAACUUAAGCGCCAUAAAUUGCAUGUGGAAGAUGAGGAAGAGUUUGCACAUGAUGAUUCUGUAAGGGUGGGUUCUAAGAGGAACAGAAGUCACAAGGAGCAUCAAGGACCUGUAACUGGUUCUUCUGGUAUCAGAAAUUCACUCCCUAGGAAUCAAUUAACGAAGUGUGAACCAAAUUAUCCAAAGUUGAAAUUAAGAUUUUCAAGGAAAAUGAUGGGAAUAAAGAUCGUUGAACCCCAGGUCCAGUGUCCUGUUUCUUUUAAGGUUGAUGAGAAGAUAGAACUGCUCUGUCAAGAUAGUGGCAUUCGAGGCUGCUGGUUUAGGUGUAAGAUCUUGCAGGCAUCUGAGAAGCGUCUGAAAGUUCAAUACAAUGAUGUGCAGGAUGUAGAUGACAGUGGCAAUCUAGAGGAAUGGGUCCUUGCAUCUAGAGUUGCAGCUCCUGAUAAAUUGGGCAUGAGAUGCUCAGGCCGCUUGACAAUUCGGCCAAGGCCUCCUGAGGAUUUUACAGACUGUACGUUGGAGGUUGGUGCAGCAGUUGAUGCAUGGUGGAGUGAUGGCUGGUGGGAAGGUGUUAUAACUGGAUUUGACACAUCUGGAAAUGAUGCCAUGCAUGUUUACUUCCCUGGCGAAGACAAGUUUCUUAAGCUCAAGAGAACGAAUCUUCGAAUUUCCAGAGAUUGGGUAGGGAACAGAUGGGUUCAUAUAAAACCGAAGCCUGGCAUACUCAGCUAUUUAUCUGAAAAUGUCAGUCCUAGCUUGAAGCUCUCGAUGUGUUCUACUUCAGCUGAAGCAUCUGAGUGUGGUGGCUCUGCAUUGUUGGAGCCCAAAGUUUUCACAACUCCCAAACUUGAAGCAGUUGAAGAAGACAAGCAAGCAUCACCCAAUUUAGCCAUACGCAAUGACCUCCUGGAAAAAAUGAAGGGGGUCAAUUUCAGUAAGCAAUCUUGUAGCGAUGAUGAGGAUGAAGAUGGUGACAAUAACAAUAAUGGUGAUCUUGAUUCUGCCAACCAGAGAUGUGAUUAGCAGCUGAAGCCAUAGCAAGUGGUCACUUAAUGGAAUUUACGAGGCAGAGAGUUUUGACGUCGAAGAUUGAUCCUUAAAGUUGGGUUCUUUCUUUGUGUAAAUUUAGAUGCAUGACCGUUGGUAUAGGAAAACAGAAAAUUAUGAUUAUCGAGUUUUCUAACAUUAGGCAAAUUGGCGGUGUAUAGAUAUCUGAUAGGUUUAAACAUGGUAGGGAUGAAAAGUAGCAUUAUAGAUGUAAGCAAAGUUUAAGGUCACUAAUGCCAGGCUAGGCAGACAGGUAGUUCAAUUCAAUUAUAGGACUACGGUGCUUUAAUUUCCACCCGCAGUUUUAUAGUGCAAGUAUAGUUCUGAACUUUCAACUGUAAAGUUAUUUUAGUAUGGGAAAGAAAUUAAAGGUUGUGUUAU